UUGGAAGUGCUUCUCAAUGUAGCCACAGCAAAGCACAGGACAAACUCACGAUUUUUAUGGCCGCCAUCGACAAAGUGCGCGUUAUCGUUGUCGGCGACUCAGGAGUCGGCAAAACUUCCCUUACUCACCUAAUUGCCCAUAGUGAACCCCUAACAUCCCCAGGAUGGACUGUUGGGUGCUCCGUAGAGGUGAAGCUGCACGAGUACAAGGAGGGGACGCAGCAACAGAAGACUUUCUUCGUGGAGCUCUGGGACAUUGGAGGUUCUAUUAGUCACAAAAAUACAAGAGGAGUUUUCUACACACCCACACACGGCAUUAUCCUUGUGCAUGAUCUGACAAAUCGCAAAAGUCACGAGAAUCUCAAGCAAUGGCUCAUGGAGAUCAUUAGCAAGGACGGAAAGGACAUUGGAAAGGGCGGAAAUGACACGGAUUUCGAUCCAGAACAAUUUCUUGGUGCUACACACAUUCCUAUUUUAGUUUUCGGAACAAAGCUGGACAUGGUGGAUGAGGCGCAACUUUUAAAGAUGCACCGAUCUUCCCUGCUGGGAAGUAUCGCUGAGCAAUGUGGCGCUGAUGAGAUCUGCCUCAAUUGCCACGAUACGCGAUCCUUGGCAGCAGGGACGACGGAUGCCGUAAAGUUGAGCAGAUUUUUUGACAAAGUUAUCGAGAGGAAGUAUUUCUCGAAAGAGUCGAGCUUCUUCAGUGAUAAGAGAAAGUUUGUCAGCCCCUUCACAUCACCCCUCAAUACGCCUUUUAACAGCCCCUUUGGGGCAUCAUCCUUCGCCAGUCCACCCACGAAUUUGGACACAGUGGCUGAGUGAAGGAAUCACAAUGAGACCAAAUUGAUUUUAAUGGCCUAAAAAGUCGUAUUGAAAGGACUUUCAGCAUUUUAAUUCAUAUUCCGGAAAGCUUCAAGAGCUUCAAAAGCUUAAAUAUUAAUUUUAAAAACAAAGUUUUCAAAAUUGAAAUUUUAUUUUGCUGAAAAGUUAUUUCAAUUUGACUGAAAUUCCCCAUAGAUUAAAGGCUUAAGUUUCAAACGAGAAUUUCAUGCAGAAAAUGAUAAUUUUCAAAAAAGAAAAAAGAGUAACCCUGAAAAGAAAAAAAAACAAUUUUAAGCAAGAAAAUUUGCAUUUUAGUUGGUACACUGAAGUUGUGCUAUUCUUUUCUUCGAAAGAACUACAGCUAAUGAGCACGGAAAAGCCGUAAAAUGGCUUAAAUCUUGUUGAGACUUAAGCUUUUAAUCUAUGUGAAAAAUAUUCAAUUGUAUGAAAAAACUGGUUUAGUUUUAAUCACUCUUGGAAACUUCUUCGCAUUUUUUGAAACAAAGAAAAGUUUCAAGAAGAGCUUAAAAUUAAUCCACACUUUUUUCGUACAUUUGUUUCCAAAAGUCUGGUGUUUGUCUGAAAAUGACUGAUUUUUUCUUCUUUAAAAUUACAUUUAAUGUGAGAAAUUAAGAAGUAAAAUGAAAUAAAAUAAUA